AUGGACGGCGAGCCACGGCCGAAGGAUGAGAUCGGGGAGCGAUCUCUCAGCCACAGACGCGUCGGUCACUGGCCUCAGCCACCGCGCCGUCAUGUCCUCAAGCUUAACCUCAAGGCUGCGACAGACCACUACCGCUCCCUGGCACUCUUUCCGCGAUCCUCAAUUGCCUCCGACACUGACAAAGCACUACAAGACAAAGCACUACAGCGAAGGACUCGUAGGCGAAGCGCUCGACAUCUACAGAAACAACACGGCAUCAAGCAUGAGGGAGGAGGACCUUUGGAUCUGGAGCCCUGGGCACACCAGAGUGACACCACCAUCCCCACCCAGAUUCACGCCUCCGUCGGAUGCUCGCUCCAUAACCUGCACACGACCUACCUCAACAACCUUCUUCUACACUCGCCGCUCUCCGCGGCGCGCACCGCUCGUCGCGCUGCAGAACGUGUGGACAGUGCGCACGAACGGGACGAGCAACACGUACGACAGCGGCUCCAGCGGAAGAUCGGGCACCGCGGUCGUGCAGAACCGACUCUCGAGGGGAACGCGUGGGUGUACCGGUACUGUCGCGAGAGCGGGAUCCAGUACCAAUCAUUCUGGACCCUUUCCGGCUCGCCAUCCCUCCUCACCCACUUCAAGUCGAUAGUAUGCAGGACACGAGCGAUGACUGUCGCAUAG